CCAGCUGAAGAGCUGCAGUUUGUUUGGUGUGAGCUGCUGUCAGAGGCUCUGGGCGCUCUGUGGACCAGCAGUGUGACCUCUGACCCCGACCUCUGGCUGAAAUGGGACCCACUGAGCCCCAAGACCAAGACAGCUCCAAAGCUGCAGCACGGAGCAAAGAACAUGGGACCAGCCUUAAUGAGUAAAGCCGUGUGGUCCUAUUGCAUGCUGGGAGUUCUCUGCAGCAGUGAGACUGGAGGUGCAUGGGAACCGUCAGGAGCAGCCCUCCUCUCCCUGUCCCAUGUCACCCUGGGGGAGUGGAAGGAGAGGAUCCAGCAGCUGCAGGACGUGACUGCUGUGCUGUGGGACAACAUGGCCAUCCCUGCUCUGGCUGAGUUCAGGGGCACAGACUUCCGUCUCCAGGGGGCUGUGCUGCGCCGCCAGCUGCAGAGCAUGGCGGACCUGCUGCCCCCCAGCCUGCAGGAGGGCUUCAUGGAGAGCUGCGAGAGCCUGGUGGAGGACUUGGACCCUCUGAUAGCGGCCCAGGAGAUCCAGACCGUCUUCAGGGACUUCCUGCCCCCCAACGUGCUCCCUGACGGCCUGCUGGAGGCCUGCAGCGCCUGCCUUCAGCAAUACGUCCAGAGCAAGGUCCAAGGCUCCAACCAGCCCGCCCAGUCCGGAGUGUUCUGGGUCAACAUGGGCCUGCUGCAGAUCAAAGCCUGGACCCCACAGACCAUCUUUGACCCGGCUGUGAAGAGGGCCUACAAACUCAACUACGCCCAGCAGGAGCUGGCUGUGCUGCAGGAGGAGUGGAGGGGCCGCAGCCUGUCCUCUCAGCUGAUGACCGGAGCGGAGCUGGAGGAGAGCAGCACUACUGACGGCUUCCAGCACCCUCGCAUCAGGUACCUGUGGAUCCGAAUGCAGCAGGUGAAGGAGCAGAUCGCGGAGCUCUCCAGGAAGCAGGCCUGCCGCCCUCAUGACCCGCAGUACGGCCGCCUCUUCCAGGAGCUGCAGCACUACCUGUACAGCAUCGGCCAGACGUCAGCCGUGAAGGAGCUGCUGUUCCGUCUGCUGAAGGCUCUGCAGGGCCCCUCCUCCUCCUCCAAGUCCAGGUCAGCCAUCCAGGGCCUGCUGAAGGAGGAGGCUGUGUGGCAGAACUCCCAGCAGCGCUUCUGCCAGAGGCUGCAGGAGGAUUACCCGCUGUACCCCGACGUGGUGGGGCCGCUGCGGACCGGCAUCCUGCAGCUCCGUCAUGGGAUGAGGCUGGUGGCCUCCCAGGUGGCUGCCUCACUCACGCCUGUUCCCGGUCUGCCUAAGCUGGUGUCCUGCCUGCUGGCCUUCCCCUCCCUGUCCCCCAGCCUGCCCUCCUACCUGGCCCGGGCCGACUUCCUCUGCUCCAGAUCCUGCAUGGACAUCCUGCGCUGCGUGGGGAAACUCCUCCCGCAGCAGGACUCUGAGCAGGUGGUGCCCCGGUCCUCCACGCUGCUUCUGAAUGCUCUGCUGUACGUGCAGUGCCACACCCUGUCCACCGGGGAGUUCAGCUCCGAGUCCCGCAGCCUCUUCAGACACAUCUGUCAGGCUCUGGUGAACGAGUGGGACGAACAGGAGAGACUAAAGAGGGAGAAGGAGCAGAUGGAGGCCAGUCUGUAUCGUAACCGCAGCCGACUGCACGGAUCAGGACUGACUGAGGACGAGCAGGAGGAGAGAGACUUCAAACAGCAGUUCCCUCAGUUCAACAAGGACUUUGCAGACAUCAUGGCCCUGCCGAGUCUGGAGGGUCCAUCAGACUCAGAGCGUCAGGAGGAGGAGGAGGGAGUCCAGGAGGAGUCCAGUGAGGGCAGCUUCCUGUCUGUGGCUGCCAUGAACACAGUGCUGAAGGUCCAUCAGCGCCUCUCUCUGGGACACGCCCGAUCACUGUGGUACAAGGGCACAACACCAGCCAAUCACAGCAGAGAACACAUCAUAGCCUUGGUCUCCUCCUACCAGAUUGCUUCCCCUAUGAUGUCCCGCUUCUAUCAUCUGAUUGAUGCUGAGAUCGACCAGCAGCUCACAGGCAGUGAGCUGCUGCUGUCUGCCCUCCUGCAGAACACAGUGCAGGGCUCCGGGGGCCCCGAUGGCCUGUCAGUCACCUCAGAGGGAGCCUACGACUUCUACCAGCAGCCCAACAUGAGCGAGGCCCGUCUGUGUCUCCCUGUCCUGCUGCAGCUGGGUGUGGCGGUGAAGCAGAGGCUGGAGGACUGGCCCGAGCACCCCGCUCUCGUACAGCUGUCGUUGUGGGAUGUUGAUAGAGAGGAUCCAGGACCUGCACUCUGGCCAGCCAAUGCUCAAGUUCCUCAACGGUCUGGAGAUCUCCUGCUCAGACUGGGAGGGGGGAAUAACGCCAGUCCGCUCAGUCUCUCUGCUGUUAAGGAACUGGAAGCAUCACCCAGCUCAUCAUCCAGUUAUGAGCGAUUAAAAGGGGAGGAGCUGAAGGAGCUAAGGAGACCCCAGGAGGCCAACACUGGCCUUUACCGAAAGUCGCACGCGCUGCUGCAGGAACAAGGGGUCAGCAUGCGCACCUCAGCGGAGAUGGAGAUAGUGAGGGAGAUGAAGGAGAAGUGCUGCUGUGUGGCUCUCAACUAUGAAGCUGAGCUGAGUCAGGGGGGGCCGUCCAGCGGAGAGAUGCAUUACAACAUGCCGGAUGGACAGAUCGUCACCCUCAGCUCUGAGAGGUUCAGGUAA